ACAGUUAUCUUAAUUUUUAUACUUUAUUUCUGUGGGAUAAAUUUAAAGUAUUUUAUUGAUUGAUUUUCAUAAUUAAAAAGCUUAAUAAUUCUUUUUUCUUUCAUUUCCAACCACGAACCUCUUUAUCCUGGUCAAAGUCGGGCAGUAAGUAACCAUGUGUGAUGAGGAAGAGACCACCGCUCUGGUGUGUGAUAACGGCUCAGGUCUGGUGAAGGCUGGAUUUGCCGGAGAUGAUGCCCCCAGAGCUGUGUUUCCCUCCAUCGUGGGUCGCCCUCGCCACCAGGGUGUGAUGGUGGGUAUGGGUCAGAAAGACAGCUACGUAGGAGACGAGGCCCAGAGCAAGAGAGGCAUCCUCACCCUAAAAUAUCCCAUUGAGCAUGGCAUCAUCACCAACUGGGACGAUAUGGAGAAGAUCUGGCACCACACCUUCUACAACGAGCUGCGUGUGGCUCCUGAGGAACAUCCUGUCCUCCUGACUGAGGCUCCUCUCAACCCUAAAGCCAACAGGGAGAAGAUGACCCAGAUCAUGUUUGAGACCUUUAACGUCCCUGCUAUGUACGUGGCCAUCCAGGCUGUGCUCUCCCUCUACGCCUCUGGACGUACCACAGGCAUCGUGCUGGACGCUGGUGAUGGUGUGACCCACAACGUGCCCGUAUAUGAGGGAUACGCUCUACCCCAUGCCAUCAUGAGGCUGGAUCUGGCCGGCAGAGACCUCACUGACUACCUCAUGAAGAUCCUCACUGAGAGAGGCUACUCCUUCGUCACUACAGCUGAAAGAGAGAUCGUGCGUGAUAUUAAGGAGAAGCUGUGCUACGUGGCUCUGGACUUUGAGAAUGAGAUGGCCACUGCUGCUUCCUCUUCCUCCCUGGAGAAGUCAUACGAGUUGCCAGACGGUCAGGUCAUCACCAUUGGUAACGAGCGCUUCCGUUGCCCCGAGACCCUCUUCCAGCCCUCAUUUAUCGGCAUGGAGUCGGCUGGUAUUCAUGAGACCACCUACAACGGCAUCAUGAAGUGCGACAUCGACAUCCGUAAGGACCUGUACGCUAACAACGUGCUGUCCGGCGGUACCACCAUGUACCCGGGUAUCGGUGACAGGAUGCAGAAGGAGAUCACAGCACUCGCCCCCAGCACUAUGAAGAUCAAGAUGAUCGCCCCUCCUGAGAGAAAGUACUCUGUAUGGAUCGGCGGCUCUAUCCUGGCCUCCCUUUCCACCUUCCAGCAGAUGUGGAUCAGCAAGGAUGAGUACGACGAGGCCGGACCCUCCAUCGUCCACAGGAAGUGCUUCUAAACAUCCCCUCCCCUCCAGUCAGGUCCCUUAUACUGUGUCUCCUGAAUUUACGUCCUGCUCUCACCCAGGAAAUCCUCAAGUGCUCCUCAAGUUUCAUGUUCAAAGUGCCUCUGUUUGGAAAACUGCUCAAUAAAUGUAUUUUGUGUAUUUUGGA